AGUUCAUUCUGUCGAUGCUUCUGCAGCGUUGCGGGCGACUGAAACCCGCAGAGAACCGGGGACGCGCCAUGGAGCACGUGACGGAGGGUGCCUGGGAGUCGCUGCAGGUGCCGCUGCACCCUCGGGUGCUCGGUGCACUGCGCGAGUUGGGCUUCCCGCACAUGACGCCGGUGCAGUCUGCCACCAUCCCUCUGUUCAUGAAAAACAAAGAUGUUGCCGCAGAGGCUGUGACAGGUAGUGGGAAAACCCUGGCUUUUGUUAUCCCCAUUCUGGAGAUUCUUCUGAGAAGGGAGGAGAAGUUAAAGAAGAACCAGGUAGGAGCCAUCGUCAUCACCCCGACUCGCGAGCUGGCCAUUCAGAUUGAUGAAGUCCUGUCACACUUCACGAAGCACUUUCCGCAGUUCAGCCAGAUUUUGUGGAUUGGAGGCCGGAACCCUGGAGAAGAUGUGGAGAGGUUCAAGCAGCACGGUGGGAACAUCAUUGUGGCAACCCCUGGGCGCCUGGAGGACAUGUUCCGGAGGAAGGCUGAGGGUCUGGACCUGGCCAGCUGUGUGAAGAGCUUGGAUGUGCUGGUGCUGGACGAGGCAGACAGACUGCUCGACAUGGGCUUUGAGGCAAGCAUAAACACAAUCCUGGAGUUUUUGCCAAAGCAGAGAAGAACAGGCCUCUUCUCAGCCACGCAGACACAGGAAGUGGAGAACUUAGUGCGAGCAGGCCUCCGGAACCCUGUCCGAAUCUCUGUGAAGGAGAAGGGUGUGGCAGCCAGCAGUACCCAGAAGACCCCGUCCCGCCUGGAGAACCACUAUAUGAUCUGUAAGGCAGAUGAGAAAUUCAACCAGCUGGUCCAUUUCCUUCGGAGCCGUCAGCAGGAGAAGCACCUGGUCUUCUUCAGCACGUGUGCGUGUGUGGAAUACUAUGGGAAGGCCCUGGAGGCGCUGUUGAAGAAAGUGAAGAUCCUGUGCAUCCACGGGAAGAUGAAGUACAAGCGCAAUAAGAUCUUCAUGGAGUUCCGCAAGCUGCAGAGUGGGAUCCUGGUGUGCACUGACGUGAUGGCCCGGGGAAUUGAUAUUCCCGAAGUAAACUGGGUUUUGCAGUAUGACCCUCCCAGCAAUGCCAGUGCCUUCGUGCAUCGAUGUGGACGCACAGCCCGCAUUGGCCACGGUGGCAGUGCCCUGGUGUUCCUGCUGCCCAUGGAGGAGGCCUACAUCAACUUCUUGGCCAUCAACCAGAAAUGCCCCCUGCAGGAGAUGAGCCUCCAGAGAAACACCAUAGACCUUCUGCCGAAGCUCCGGGCCAUGGCUCUGGCUGACAGAGCUGUGUUCGAGAAGGGCAUGAAAGCCUUUGUGUCCUUUGUGCAGGCUUAUGCGAAGCACGAGUGCAGCCUCAUCUUCCGGCUGAAGGAUCUUGACUUUGCCGGGCUUGCUCGAGGCUUUGCCCUGCUCAGGAUGCCCAGGAUGCCAGAGCUAAGGGGGAAGCAGUUUCCUGACUUUGUACCAGUGGACAUCGAUACCGACACCAUUCCAUUUAAAGAUAAAAUUAGAGAAAAACAGAGGCAGAAACUUCUGGAACAAAAAAGAAAAGAGAGGUCAGAAAAUGAAGGGAGGAAAAAAUUCAUCAAAAAUAAAGCUUGGUCGAAGCAGAAGGCCAAAAAGGAAAGGAAGAAGAAGAUGAAUGCAAAGAGGAAGAAGGAUGAGGGUUCUGAUAUUGACGAUGAAGACAUGGAGGAACUCCUUAAUGAUACAAGGCUCUUGAAGAAAUUUAAAAAAGGUAAAAUCACAGAAGAAGAAUUUGAGAAGGGGCUGUUGACAAGUGCCAAAAGGACAGUCCAGCUGACAGAUUUAGGUGUCUCAGACUUGGAAGAGGACAGUUGACCUCAGAGCCUCAGGUGAAGGUCACCUCACUGGCCCUACAUUCCUGCUCUUGCUAUCUGGAAAGCUGUCUGUUCAGACUGGGAGAACCUGAAGGACUGCACACACGGGACUAUGAGACUACCAGAAUCUCACAGAAAUGUGUUUUACUAUUUGAAUGUAAAUAACAGAUUUCAGUAUUUAUUUUGAUUAAUUAUGUUUUUUCUAGGAUGGUUUUUGUGCUUUAUUACAGACUUAAAAUGUGUGUGUGUGUGUAAUUCCUAUUCCUUUUAAGACAGAUAAGGAAGUAUACUUGAUUUUAGGCCUGGAAAAGUUUCUAAGCAUUUAUUCCCAGGCACUUGACAUCCCCUUGCCUGCUCCCACCCAAAUGUCGCAUAUCCUUUGUAUUCCUACCGAGAGCACCCACAGAGGCAGAGGGCCUGUGUGCAGGGUUUCCCUCCCCCCCCCUUUUCAUUGUAAUAGGGCUACACUACUGUAGCGGUUUGCAUAUACUUGGUCCAUAGGAAGCGGCACUAUUAGAUGUGGCCUUGUAGAAAAUGUGUCAUGGUGGAGGCAGGCUUUGAGGUUUCCUAGGCUCAAGUGCCACCCAGUGUGUGGGAGAAAGCCUCCUGGCUGCUUUUGGGUCAGGAUGUAGAAGUCUGGGCCUCUCCAGCCCCACAUCUGCCUGCAUACUACCAUGCUUCCCACCCUUAUAGCCUAAAUCUCUGCAACUGUUAGCCAGCCCCAAUUCAAUGUUUGCCUUUGUAAGAGUUGCCUUGGCCAGGCAGUGGUGGCGUACACCUUUAAUCCCAGCACCAGGGAGACAGAGGCAGGUGGAUUUCUGAGUUUGAGGCCAGCCUGGUCUACAGAGUGAGUUCCGGGACAGCCAGGACUGCACAGAGAAACCCUGUCUCGAAAAACAAAAACAAAAUAAAAAGAAAUUUCAUACAUA